AUGUGCUUUGUACCCAUAUUUCUAGCUGCCACUCAUCACCCAAAUCCUUGCACGUUGGACUUCUCCAAGGCCUGCAGCCACUAUUUGGGAAAACCCGGCAAGGUGCUUUGUCUUUUCUCCUCCAUCCUCUGUCUCACCGGAGCCCUCAUCGUCUACUAUGUCCUGCUCGUCAACUUCGCCUACAACACCGGCACCUUCAUACGCUGUGAGUGGGACCUCUCGCUUUGCCCCUUUUCCGCUUCUGAUGCUUUCGUCAAUAGCCUUGUUUAAAUAGGACUCAUCCGUCUCCCCUCCGGACUGGGUGGGAGUCAAAUGCACCAGGUACCUCCAGACGUCCCUUCCUUGCGAAGCUGUGAAAUGUCCCCACUGCCUCCGUUCCGACAUGCUGAGAAAAAAUCGGGGACAUGUUAUAUCCGCUCACUGAAUUUAUCGAAAUCUCGCUAGUUGACUGCUGAUUUAAUUGAAACCUUAUCAGUCAAUAUAAAUUAGUUUUUGCGCUGAGAGUAGUUAGCGUGAUGCGAGAAGACAGCUGCAGAGAGCCAUUUGGCUAACUGAGAGCGGUUAUUAAUAAAGACACCGAAACCUUAAAUUGCCGACCAUACUUAUCCCCUGGACUCGAAGAUUAGGGGCUCUAACCAAGAUAUUUUGGUCAUUGGAAACUAAGUUAUAUCUGGCCUGUUAGCCGUCAUCAUCAAGUUAUACUCAACUCCGAAGUAUCCAAUUCCCGAGGAUCGAACUAACGUUUUGUUGGUUAAAAGUCCAACCCCCUGACCACUGAGCCACGAACUCUCUUCGCCCUAUCGGUUGAGAUCGCGUUACGGAACUCACUCGUCCCGUUGUACCAUGGGGCUCUCUCCCUCGAGCCCCGCCAUCAGCCGCACAACGGCGCGUAAUAUAGGCAGAAUAGCAUUGCCGACUUCAGUGCGUGACCGAUCUCAUGAAGUGUUGGCCGAAAUUCUGGAAUGCGUUUCUCAGUGGGAAUGAUUACUUAAGUAGGGUUGUUGUACUGAUCAGCAUGCAGCAUAACCCUAUAACACUGUUCCCAACGCCAGGGUCGAUGGGUCAGAUAGUCAAGCGAUCAUCACACCAACAUCCAACACACGUGAGGAAACUGCAGCAAUAAACGGAGCGAAUAUCGGCCAUCAAACAUUCAUCACACCAAGUUCAACGAUCCCUGAUGAAGGGAGAGAGACGGGAAUAUUCAUAGGUAUGCUGUAACCUGGCGAAUGCAUCCUAGAAAUGCUGCCGCCCCUUGUACAUGAGCCGCACGUACAGUGCGUGACCGAUCUCAUGAAAUGCUGGCCAAAAUUCUCGAAUGCGCUUCCGAUUAGGAAGGAUUACUUAAGUGGUGUUGUUUUACCGAUUACCAUGCAGCAUAACCCUAUAACAAUUCGGACUCGUCAGGAUGUCGGCAUUUGAAUGCAUUUCUUUUUGACCUUUCGCAUUAAUCACACUGUAAAAAAUGACCACUUAUAUAUCAUGCAUCUUUCCAAUUGAUUUUUGAUGGUUUUAUAAAUUCACAUAUAUUUUACAGAAAACAUGUCUAAAAUAUGCUUUCUUUUGCUCAUUCGGUAGUAAAUCACAUUGUCUUCAUAUUUUAUGCCCGAAGAAAGUGUAUAUUUUGGUUUUAAAAAUGUUUCCCGAUCUCCGAAUAAUUUUCUGUCUGAUCUUCCAUUGCAUAAGCGUUUAGCAAUUUCAGUCUACAAGGUGCAUGUUUUCCGCUUAAGGAAAAUCAUAUAUUCCACUAUGCCUUUAAGGAAAUACCACAUAGAGUUCAUGAAAUUUUGCAAUGGAUCGAGACCGUGUUGUACAUUUCAUGAGGAGCAUUACUAAACGAACAUGUGCGGUCUUGCAUGCAUGGACAUCGCACGGUCUUUAAAAUGUCAUAAUUAGAAAAUUUUCUAAAACCUAAAUAUAUACUUUCUCCGAGCACGAAAUAUGAAGACAAUGUGAGUUUCUACCAAAUGAACAAAAGAAAGCAUAUUUUGUGCAUGGCUUCUGUAAAAUAUAUGUGAAUUUGCAAGACCAUCGAAAAUCGAUAGGAAAAAUGCAUGCUACUUAAGUAGUCAUUUUUUACCGAGUGUGAUUACUGCUAAAGGUCAAAAAGAAGUGCAUUCAAAUGCCGACAUCCUGACGAGUCCGAAUUGUUAUAGGGUUAUGCUGCAUGGUAAUCGGUACAACAACCCCACUUAAGUAAUCCUUCCUAAUCGGAAACGCAUUCCAGAAUUUUGGCCAACAUUUCAUGAGAUCGGUCACUCACUGUAAGUCAUAAGCUCUACCGCCUAGUCACGGACUGACGCCCCGUCUAUGCGGAACUUGAAUAUUCCGAGGUAUGUGAAAGUGGCGUUAAACAGAACUUUUUGGUUGCAAGUCAGUUGCAAUUAUCGCUCAUCAGUCGCUGGGCGCUAUAUUCCCAUCCGUGUGAACUCGACCGUAUUCCGUCUUGAAGGCAGCAAGCCUUGGUUGGGGUCACUCCUGUGAGACUGAAAAAAUGAUCCAGGGUGUCAGCAGUCCCAGGAUUCUUUGAUUCUGAGGGGCAUAAUAAAACUCCAAGCCUGGCUUGUACUCUACGAAACCGUACUGAACUCAGCGGCCGCGUACAGACAACCGUUCCGAUCGACAGACAGUUACUCGUAGUCUCCCCCUCCCCCAUAGGGUCAACCACGCCGUCCAAACCCAUGCGCACCCGUCUUGGUCUAGUCUACCUGUGAAACGCUGGAGUGAGGUCGAUGCAGCCUCGUCUCACCACACUCCAAUUUUCGGUGCAGUUGCUAGUUCUUAUCGCGUUCUGUGGACGAGCUAGCAGGUUUAAUUAAAUGUACGGCUGACGUUCGCGGUGACGUCAAAGAGGAAACCGGUGUCUCCCCUCCCCCCCUAGUCAUUUUUGGGCAGGAUGGUAGUUGGUAGCCCUGCAUUCUACAAUUGUACCUACUGGCUCGAUUUCGGUAUCUGUGAUAACGUUCUCAUUAUGUCUGGGGGGUGCACGCACAGAGGCCCUGUCAGGAUGACUUUCUUCUUUACUUUAACUGCCCCAAGAACGAGGCGCUGCAAGACUGUCUAUAUAGACUCAUUGUAUUGCACCCACACACGGAAAUCUUUAGUAAAAGGCGAAAGAUUUAUCCUAAACGGGUUAUAAUUCAUCAUGCUUCCCAUUAUGCUUCUAGUUGCAUGUGCGCACAGUAUUAUCUGCAUCAGAUUAAUUGCAUAGGUACUAUCCUAGGCGGAUUGGCGCGGGUCUCCGUUUCGUCGGUUUGCCUGCAUCCUUGGGUCUUUUUACUCCAGACCUCCAUUAGAGUCCGGUGCGAUCGUGUACAAAAGGACAACCGACGCGCAGUUAGGAUGUCAACCGAUACUCCAUCCACUGCAUCAGUCGUAUUGACAGAGUGUUGCCCUCCACCCCCCGCCUUUACGAACAGCCCGGUUGUAUUUGGUCGCAAGGGUUUGGCUGAAAACUGUGACGCCUUGUUAACACCGCCAUGGCCAGUUAGCGAUCCCUUCCUGCACUCCCAGUUUAAGGCACUAGGGCACCCCCGGGUGCUUCGACAUUGCUGGGUUUGAACUGGGCGCACUUCACCUACGACAUCGCGCACUUACUACCUCUUGGGUUCAGACUACAACAGCAAGGCGUCUCAUACGUCAGUCAGAUCCGAUAUGUUUACCUUCCUCGCAUUUUUCACCUUAUUUAAAUUAGGUUUUCACUUUAUCAGGAUCGUCAAUUCCAGGCAUUCCCUACAAGCGCCAUUUACGCCUCCACUCAUCUGUCCCACCCUUAUAGCCCCUAUUACCACCGGUCCCGUAAGUCUGGUAGCUGGGAGUUUUCGGUACCGGGGGGCUACCAACUACCAUCUUACCUAUUUUUGCUUUAAUUCGACAAUAUGGCUUUAUUAUCAUAAGUUCUAACGCAGCCUGUUAUUUCUGCAGGUUCUGGUAAGUGUGCAUUUUAAAGUCUUUUUCAUGUGGGAGUACGCCAAGCUUUUUGUUCUUACAGUACCAUGAAGGAUUUUCAACCUCAAAAAAUGAAAAACAAAUGCCAGAAGCACAUUUUUUAUGGCGCCUCUGUAUGGCAAUGGUAAGACUAACCAUACAAAUCCAUUUUGUGGGUUUUAUUCACGUUUAUUUAUCGGACGUGUCCACCUGCCAUUUGUUCACUCAGCGUUAGGACUUUACCGACGAUUCCCCGUAAGUCCAUCCGAAUUUUCCUAUGCAAACUUACAUUCCUCCACCUGGCUUUUCAGACUACGUCAACCGGCAUAUCGACCCCUACGGGGACAAUUCCUCGCAACCAAGAUACGGGGGUAAGUCCGAUUCUUAUAAGCUUGUCGUGACGGCUUAUGCCGGUGGGCAGACUCCAGCUACUACGACCUUUGUGCCGGCUCCCCAGUAGGAAGAGCUAAAAGACGCCUGUAGCGGGUGAGAGAGAGCACUGUAUUCUAUAGAGAAUGAAUAGAAAAUGUGUUGGGGUGAUUUGGCGGCCGGCAAUAGCGGAACAGGCGUAGGAGCGCCUUGCGCGAAGACAUGUCUGCGCCAGUCUUGCGGUUGAUUGGCCGGUCUGGAUAGCUGUGCUUGCCAAUAAAAGCGAAGAGUCGAGUCCCAGGAAGCAGUCUUGAACAAGGAGACACGAUCGCUGGGACAAGAGCUUUAUUAGCCUGACGUCUCGGAUUCCUGCUCGAACCCAUCAUUAGAAACAAAGCAGAAAGCCUAUGGAUAUUCACGGCUCCUCCUGUCAUCAGGGAUCGUUGCACGUGGUGUGAUGGUCGACAUUCGCGUCGCUAAUUGCUGCAAUUUCAUCACGUAUGUUGGAUGUUGGUGUAAUGAUUGCUCGAAGGGGGGAGGCGUGAAUAUUCAUAGGUAUGCGGUAGCAUGGCUACUGCAUCCUAUAAAUACUGCAGCCCCUUAUGCAUGGCUCACCCGUAUCUUCUUUGUCUCUGAUGAUGGGCUCAAGCAUGAAUCCGAAAGGUCAGGCUAAUGAAGCUCUUGUCCCAGCGAUCGUGUCUCCUUCUUCAAUAGCUGUGACUAAACGAAAGCCGCACAGAGCCGCUCUGCUUCAGCGGGCGGCCAGACGCGGUGGGAGUGCCAUAAAGAACCUCAGAAGACCAAAUGAACGACUUUCGCUGGUCCGUACGUUCAUGUAGGCGCUAGUGGCACAGCGUUAUGGCAGGCUCCCGACUGGACUCACUACGUGCCAACCUAUGUUCGUCAGCGUAGACAGAAUUGAGGAAUUUUUGCGGACCAGAGGAGGGUUCGUUUGUAGGUGUCGUUAACAUGGGCACGAUCAUAUUUGUCCGUGGUCCGCCAGUCCUAAAGGUUUUUACGCUAGAAUGUUUCCCAAUUCUCACAAAUACAAAAUUGGACUCGCAAGCUCUCAUGGGAUCAAGUCUGGACGGUGUCUUGUGUUACCAGCUCGGAGGGCGGUGGAGAAAUUAGGUGGAUUCGGCGAACUUUUGGGCAGCACUUUUUCCUUCCAACUACUAAAUAAGUUAUGUCCUAUUAGCGGCAGUCCUAUAACUAAAUUUUCAAAACUUUCUAGUUAUCUGCGAGCAGUUUACUGAUGUCGCUAACUUGACCGGAAACUUCACACCAACUGCUGCAAGCGAAGAAAGCCUGUUUGAUGUUCUGUGGAACCCCACGAGGACUGUCCCUGGAUGGCUCCUGCUGCUCAUCUUUCCACUCAUCAGCAUUCGGUCACCGACGUUUUUCACGAAAUUCACGGCUUUAGGUAAGGCAGAGAACAUAUUGUACUAUCAUUGGCAGUACAGAGAAAUCGCUGGUUUCGAAACCACAACGAUCUUCUAUUCUUCUUUAGGAACUGUUUCCAUUCUCUAUAUUUUCAUCCUUACUUUCGCCAAAGCCGGUAUCUGGGGCAUACAUGUGAAUUUCUCCGAACCUGCCCACUUGAAUUUCGUCCCUCGUAAGUCAUCACUACCCUUUCACGCGUCGGGUCAGCGCUCAGUGUUCAUAAUAAUGUUUACUAAUUUCGUUUCAGUAGACACUUUACCAACUUUUCAACUUCAGUUUACAGCCCUCUGUUCCCAGCCCUUACCGGAGUAUGCACGCUGGCCUUCUUUAUUCACAAUAGUAUUGAAUCGAUCAUGCGCUGCAACAAAAAUCAGAAAAACAAUGUAAGCCCUGUCUUGUCCUUGCUACGGUCAAAUCCUGACGCCUUUUUCGUCUGUCAGUGCACCGUCUAAAUUUAAGUACUGACUUCGGCCCCUUUUGAGACCUUAUGGCACUGUUACUAUGUUAACAUCAUAAAGACUGUCCACAUUUUGUCUGCUUUAAGGCUCGCGAUCUUCUCAUGGCCUUCUUAUUGGUUGCACUCACAUAUAUAAUUGUUGGAGUCGUCUUUUACCUGGCCUUUCCUGAGGCGAAGUCCUGCAUCGCAGACGUAAGGAUUUACACUUUUCUUUGCUUGUGUUUUUGGAUUUUUGAUAUUGUAGCCAAUAAUUUCGCAGUCACACUCUGUUUCUGAGAACGGUACAACAAAGAUUAUAAGAAGCGGACAAAAUAAAAAUUUCAGGAUCAUAAACGACCAAUUUUUGCAAUGGCGUGCGUUCACGUGUCGAUAUAUCAAACCUUCAGUCAAUUAUAAUAGGACAGUUCAACCGUCGUUUCCUUCGAUUUCCACCGUGUACCUUACAGCAGGGGGAGAGCAUGGACGGUGACUUGCACGUGAAUUAGUUUAAAGUGGCAGUGGACUUGUGCAGCAUCUACCACACUCUCGUCCCCUCUAACCUGGACCCGGUGUCAAAAAGACCGGAGGUGAGAUAGAGCGCAGGUAGGUGGCGCGGCCGGAGCCGUCCCUAGGCAUGCCGCCACACCCCGCUCGGAUCCCACGGAGUGGGAGUGCCACAGAGGCCAUAUUAGGAAGGAGCCAUUGCAGCCUGACUCUCAGUCCACCAGUCCGCCCUCCACACAACACACCCUGUCGGGGUCGACAAGUGUUUGGGGCGAGGGAGAAAAGCUGUUGUCAAAACGAGGGGCACUUCCGCAGCAUCCGUCUCACUUUCCCUUUUCGCUUCAUCAUACUUUAUGGGUGAGGCAGCGUCUAGAAAUCUGCGCGCAUUCAGAUCCAUACCGCGCACACAGGGGAAGGGGGUUCCUUAUCACACGGGGACCUGAUUUAAGCGACUGGAAUCCCAUGACUAAGUAAGCUACCAAAAGCCCCCAGUAAGGAGGAACUGUUGCUUCCUGCUCCUUAGUUGCGAGGGCCAAUUUAUGCCAUCAGGCCUCCUUUAUUUUUUAAACAUUGUGAUAAUUUAAACGCGUGCAGGAAACCAGACGAGGUCAAUAAGGAGACAGUGUGGAAGUUGCAACCAGUUUACUGGUUGAGGGCGACAAAGAAAUCUGAGGUGUCCAUUCCAGCUACCAUUAUUUCCGUCGCUAAUGCUCUUCCGUUGCCUGCAAUCAGCAUUGAGAAGAUGAGCAGUACAAUGGACCAGCUGUUUUACUGCAUCACCCCUUAUGACUUGUUGAGCAUCCAAAACUAUGAACUAUCGUGUUUUUGUGUCCGCGAUACGCGGGGCGGUGUUUGUAAUUGUAAACGAGUCAUUUUUGUGCUUGGAAACUAUGUGCAGUCCUUCUUCAAUCGCAGACGACUAGUGGAAGCUAUGAGGCCUAUAAUGGGGCUGGUAACACCCGUCUCAUCCGAAUACUCAAGGUCCUUCAUCCAAGGUCCACUUAAAGACGCCUCCCCCCGGCUCCAACGUCCCCAACACGCUGACUUGCAGGAGACGUGGGGAAGACGAGUGUGACUGAUCCCUACCCCCCAGGGACACAUAUAAACCUUGUCCAUAGCUCAUAUGUUUAUCCCUCAUGCAGUUGUAAUGACCUGGUGGUGAAUUACCGAAAGUAUAUGUUUGCCAAUUGAUUCUUCACACAAUGGAUUCUCUUCGCUUUUUGUUGUCCUAAGAAAUUGCGAAUGUUGAAGGCACUGCGCUUGUGGAAUCCUAGGAUAAUAACUGGCGUCCAAGACCGUAGAGAAUCGACGAUGGACGUGUGUGGUCGUUUGAUCAGUAUUUGCGUUUGGGAUAUAGUGAAGGAAAUUACAGGCUCAUUAGAUACAUUACCCACUGCAGAUUUGACGGAUGUACACACAGGGAGGUUUUCUGUCAGUGUUCAGCUCAAACGUUAACAUAAGGAAUUGAGGCUGGACCUGACAGAUCAGGUUCUGACGACGUCUCCUCAACUUCUUUCACUAACUCCAGUGGGAAUUAUGAAAUUCACACAGCACAAUCGUUAUUUCAAUGCUGCCUACCAACAGCCUUCAUGGGAAUCGGAAGGCCAGUGAAUGCGUUGUUCCAUUUGGACAGUGUCUUACCGCGAAAUUGGUGUCUGCCGAUGUAGCUCAGUAAAAAUCCCACAUAAUUCAAAGUCACUGUCAUUAUUUUUUGCUGGAUUUUGUAUCCUGACAACUGAAAAAAAAACCUGCCUGUUUUUAGAAUCUUCUGAAUAACCUAACCUCCGCAGACAUAUUUGGCUUUGUGGGACGCCUGGCCUUGUUAUUCCAAAUUCUCACUGUCUACCCUCUGCUCAUGUACGUUCUACGUGUCGAGGUAAUGCACACAAUCUUCCAUUCGGUAUACCCGGGGUGAGUUUAACCGACUCGUGUCCAAUUAUUACUCAGCGUGCUUGAAGUGAAAGGUUGGGUUGCCUUUAUAAUUGCAUUCUUGAACCUCAGUGCUACUUAAACUGAGCAAGUAGAACGUGUGUUUCCUUGACAAAAAGGACCUGUCCUUGCGCGGCCCGGGGUUUUCAGUCCCUGUGCACGCUCGGUGCCGUAAGAUGGACGUAUUUGCACAUGCCAGCUUCGAAUCUGGCACAUAGCACGGAAUAAAAUAAACAGACUGUCCGCUCAAAAUCCAGCCCCUCUUAGUCAUCGACGUCUGACGCAAUGCUCCUCUGUCCGUUCCAGACAACGAUAAAAUUUGCCCAAAUUACUAAUGCCUGAAAACUGCUGCCUACAGAAAGCUUUAGAAGUAUCAAACUUACAAGAAUUCGUUUCCAUGCAGUGGCAGAAUAUCGACGAAGCACGUGUUUGGGCUUUUAGCUAGCACUUGUGCCGUCAAGUGUGGUAUAGCAGUGGCUGCCCGCUGGAAGUUUGUGAAUAUUACACGGUUAUUUCGCUGUGACUGAUGGACUUUGCUUCAGUUCGAGCCUAAAAGUAUCAAACUGACUGAUCUAACACAAGUUAAUGAUCAAUGUCUGAGGGAAUUAAAAAUUGGCAGUUUCAAAACUGUAGUAUCUACCAAAAAGCCCACAAGGAAAGCUGUGGAACCCCUCUCUAGGUCAAACUCCCCGCGGCAGUGCCUUGCAGCGGCAAAAUACCGGUGAAACACGGGUCUGAACUCUCAGUUAAUGCCUAGGCUGUCAUUUACUACCACUGGCUGCUACUACUGUUACAACUGGCUGCUACUACUUUUACUACUGGCUGCCUGUCUUGAACAAUUUCCAAUGUAAAGGAAAGAACGAUUUCCAUGUGAAAGCUGGGGAGACUCGAUCUCUGACACUUUGGAUUCGCUCCCCGACCCAUUCUGAUGCAGUUGUCAGGUCACCACUCACCUACCAGAAUUAGCGACUCCCGAAUUUGCCACGAAUACUGGGUGAGAUGGUCGGUUGGUUGCCCGCCUUCGAGACGUAAAUUGGCGCGAUCACAGCAUUGGCUUUGGAAAAACUCGAAGAUCUCGCCGAACGCGAAGGGUGGAAAAUACAUCAGCACCAAGAAGGAAUUGCCUCACUUGAGAGAAUCCAACCACAUCUUCAAUUUUUAAGAGAUUUAAAUUCUCGUAAGAAACGGCAGCCACAUGAGCGGUGAGCAACCUGAGUCCUGGGUCUCUGCUCAACCGCCGAUUAACAAAGGAAACGAUCUCCCCCCUCAUUAUUUGGCGCUAAGAUUUCACUUAGGCAGGAAAAGUGAUCACGCGGGGCUCGCGUAGGUGAACACUGCUUUCAAUGGCGGUAUUAGCGAGUUAACUGACCGAACAGUCAUAAUCAACACUCACAAUGAACUCGCUGCUGUUAACGACACGGAUGCGGACAAAAAAAGGAUUCGCACCAGGUGCAAACAUCCACAACGAGUAUGGGAGCCGCUAAUUUUGGAAACGAUGGGGUUACUUAGCAGCUUCAUCCCAUAAAUACUGCAGCCCCAUACGAGCGCUGCCGUUAUCUGCCGUUGUUUCUGUUGAUGCGUUCGGAAGUUAAUCUGAAAUGUAAGGCCUAUAAAACUCGUAUGCCAACGAUAGAGUCUCCUUCUUCGCAACGGUCAUUGCCAGCUGACUUGGAUCGCAUUAUUCUCAGAGUGCAUCGAAUCAGAACUGCUCGGAUAAGAGUAACGGUAGAGUGGUGCCGACGUAUUUUGUUUGUAUAAGCUUUCGGGCGGCAUUUUAGGUCAAAAAAUUACCCAACAAGCCGCACACUCAUUAAUACUCUGUAGCCACGUGGGACUAGAGUUCACUUACCUGUAUUUCCUGCAAGCUUUGGUUCUGCAGCCCCAAUUGAGUGAUAUAAAAUAGUUAACUUCCUAAAAAAUCUUGGUAGAUGCGAAUACGUAAUUGCAUCUUCCUUACCAUUUUACUCCAGCGAGUGACUGUGCCACGGGGGGAGUGCUUAUACGGCAGGCUCGGUUAGAUCAGGCAUCAGGUCACACGCGCUUCCCUCGGCGAGGUUCGAGACCCGCUUGCGCUCUCUUUAUUAUCCUAAUCCACGAGUAUCCAAGUGGACUUGAUAAUGGAAUUGAUCUGACUGUGUGAAACUCCGUCGGUUCCACUACAGUGGCCAUACACUGCGAAUUACCACGCGGUACCUUCAGUGGCCUUCCAGUUUGGGAUUUCGCCCCCCCCCCCCCAUAUACUCUUAAUCCAGCGAGUGUCUGUGUCCGGGGGGAGGGGAGUGUGUACACGCCACCUUAAUGUGCUUCCCUGCGCGUGCUUUGAGCUCUGCUUGCGCUCUCUUUCCCUUCCUAAUCCAGCGAGGGGCUAAGUUAGGUAUGUAAACUAAACUUGUUUUAGUAAACUGACCAUAUGGUAUCACUCAAGUGGGGCUGCGGAACCAAACCUCGUCUUUGGUAGAUUGUAUUUCACCCUGGAGUCCUGCCUUUCAUAGAUAAACUCACGUUUCGGGUCCAUCUAAAUAUUCUUGAUCGCAGCCGGCAGGGCAUGAAAUCGUAGUCCACAUGGUGGAGUAUUUUGGUCAAAUUCUAAGUGACCAGCUGGACACGGUUUCACAUCUCAGUUGCUGUUAGGUUAGGUGACUGGACACGGGAAUAAGAACUCCUCCCGUACUGCCGGUGGUCUCCUGCCAAAUUCCAGGGGUACUCAUUACCGCGUCCCAACUUUAGCCCUAACCCUUACUCUCGUGAUCUUGACACAAAUUCAAUUCCCAAACCGAACUCUCUAGAACUUAGGUCAGGGCAGUCGUAAUGCAAAGGGGAGGCCGUAGUCCCUGUGCCCGUGAUGCAUGCCAAUAGGCCAGAAAUGGCCAUUUUGAGUUUCUUUGUCUUUGUGGAAAUGAAAUCGCGAUAGUGAGCCCUGCAGGGUGCACGUAAACAUCAAAAAGCGGUAAUAAGUUUAUCUGCACAUUGACCCGACAAUGCGUGUGCUCCUUCUGCAACGCGACAAACGAAUACGAAACUAGAGCACCAGUUUUGUCUACUUCCUACCUUUAAUCCUCAACUAGUGACAUUGGCGACGGGAAGAUUUAGAGGAUGUGAUUUAGACUCGUCAGUUUAUAGGCGAGAAUCGAAUAGUUUUUAAUGUUAAGCGCGAGGUUUGACUGUCUCCCCCGUUACUAACUGAUGAGGAAGCGUUCAUCCCAAGAACUUCUGUUGUAGCAAGAAUUGUAUAGUUAUCAGACCUUUCACGUUGUCUUAGAGUCCAUCAUGAGGAAAAUGCGACAUAAGAAAAGUUCUGUGGGAAACUGACCAAUCAAAUCGGCCUUGCAACAGCGUCGUUCAUACCGGAAGACGUCAACCCCUGGGAUGAACUGCGUCCCCCGUCUGACCGCUUAAUGCAUCAUGGAAAGGGGUGGGAUUCAAACCUACUUAUCGAUUCCCGACGCGCAGCUUAUUAUCAAAGUAACGACAAAAUCGAGGGCCCUGUCGUGCUGGGCUGAGAUCGAAAGUGCACUUAUCAGGCAGGCCAGGUUACGCCAACACCGAAUGGAGCCUGCGUAUCUGCUCGCAGCCUCUAGAUCCUCGUCACACCAACUCCAUGAUCUGACACGCCGAGCGCUGGGCCGGCCGGGGGGUGAGCAAGAAUCGAUAAACAGGUGUGUAACUCUGCGUCACGUUGCCAGGUUGAAAGGCGCCAUUCAGUCCCCCGAUUAGCGGUCGCCACCACAGUCAACACAAUCACUUGAUUGGCUAGUUUUCACACCGAACUCUUUGUCAUGUCUAUUUCCCCCUGUUUUCUCAGGAUGCAUGACCAAGAAUAAGCCCGGAACGUAGAUAUGAAAAUUAUUUUUCCCGUUGCCUUAACUUUAUUUCUCCAUCAUAACAGAAAUCGUCUGCACACUGGUAGCAGUCGCCACGACGUCUUUCCUCUGUCUCCAGCUUACACCCCCAUUUUCACGCUUCAUUUAUGCAGGUUCUGGAAGGUCUCCGUGUUUCAUGUAAUAAUGCUCUUGAUCUGCCUCCUCUUCGCCAUGUUCCUUCCCUCUAUUGGCACAAUUAUAAGGCAAGCCGAUUAUCUUAUUUGCUUAAAACAAAUUUUGUCGGAAAGCUUUUUUGGCAAUCUGCCGUCAAUUUGCUAAUUCAUCUUCCUCCCUCAACAAUGCAAGUCUGAGUUAGUCCGCGCGCCUAUUCCGCAUAGUAUACGGCCGUACGUUUGAGAUGGCUGACAUGCGACAUCAACAGAAAACGUUAUAGAUUAGAUUAGAUUAUUUUUUUCUUAAAGACCCGUCAGGGUCCAGACUGUUUUAACGGCAUUUUACAAGAGAGGCAUCUUGAGCGGUCGCAUACGUAGAUUCCUUGUAAGUUUGCCGGAGAAGUGGCCUUGAGAACAGGAAAGCAUGAAGUAGCUACUAUUUCUCAGAAAUGGAAUGUGGCCCUGCGAAGAUCCGAGGUCUAACUGAAUAUCAAGGGGCGGCGGGCCACAGAAAUAGGUACCCCCUAUACUGCGGGUAGUCCUCCGUCGAGUCCUGAGGGAGUGUGUUACCUCUUCCCAUCUCCUAACAAUAGACCUAACCCUGGAGUUUUGUUUUAUGUCACCUGUGAUAUUGGGGUACCUAUUGCUCUGGCCAACCCUUCUGUCUUCCACGACUGUGCAGGGGGUGGUAUAGAGAGUUAUUUUUCACCUUCUUCUCAACUUUUUUUAACAAGAUCUUCGGAGUGGGGAUGAUAACUGCGGAGAACAAGGACUUGGAGCCUAAGGUGCUAAAUGAUCAGGAACCAGGUUAGACUCAGGUCGAAUAAGCGUAAAACAGGAAGGCGAGGGCACCUCACCCAAUUCUUUUCUCGUGUCCAGCAGCUACGGCAUGACAUUGGUCAUUAAGCGGUUGCAGAGUUGGGCCACCCACGUGAGUACGCUAACCUUGUCAAACUCCUCGCUCUCUAACUAUGUCGCAACUUGGCGGUGGUCAUUAGGCUACAAUGACCACUUCAGUGUCCUUGGCUUCUGACGACAGUAUGUCUUUCCGAUGAGUAUUUCAUCCACUGGCGGCUUCCCAUAGCUGUGUUUUCUACCUUACUCGCUAUAGAAGGGCCAAGGUCAGAAAUAGAUAACUUUUUAUAUGCAACUUCCACGCAGCAUGUCUUGUCAGCUCUGAGAGUCUCUGUGUUCUCCCCCAAAAGGUUUAGUGAAGAUUAAGUAUUUGGUGCAUGAGGUUGCGAUCAAAGCGGUUAAAGUUGUCGUCUCCUAAGACUGCCGCAUUUCCAGUUGCCUCGGAGUUCAAAGCGGCAGCACCUACAUUUCCUUCAGAUAAACUGAACUGGACUGAGUACCCCCAAAUGCCUUACCAUUGCUAUCUGGGUAUACCCGCUGGAAGUGCGGAAACGACCACCCCGCACUGCGCUUAUCCGGUGGGGGACAAGUCUGUGACAUUAGUCUUACGAUCUGGUGCUGUCUCCAUGAUGCUCAGCUGAAAAAAUCCACGAAUGAAAGCAAGACGGACCUGGGGAGGAUGUGUUGUGUGCGGUUGUUCGUGAUUUGCCUAACUUUUUCGGUGGAUAGCGUGGCUAACACCGGUUUGCGCUGUCGUUGGAGAUGGAGUCGGUUCAAUCGCUGCUUGUACUUGCCGAUAUGGGCAGAAGUUGAUAUACUUAUGAAACUACUUAUCCUUACUUAGCGCACUGUUCUGUGUGCGAUAGUGUAGCGGGCAGCCAAUAUGACCUCGCUGUCUCAAGGUCAUUCACCCCUUGCAGUGAGCCGUCCCAGACGAGCUGACCUGAAGCCACUCGACCGACUUCAGCUCAGACACAAUUGCGUCCACACAGCGUCGCGACUACCCAUGCGCCUACAAAAGCGGCUGCCAUCACUGUCCCAGAGACUCUCAGGCAUGACUUGUCGCAGUCAACACCAGCCCUGGCUUCGCCAGUGGCCACUGCCGGGUUCUGUGCACAAUAAACCCCUCAUUCUGGUGCCCUCUGUCUUCUCUCUCUCUCUCUCUCUCUGUCUCUCCUUUCAACAUAGGAUUUGCCCUAAUUAUAGUAGCGCUCAGACCAUGCACACACCGGCACACUGCCUGGUCACAACAAUAAUACCCCCUCCUCCAUAAUUUGUCGUUUUACCGCUCAAUUUACAGGUUCAGUGGCUCCUUCUCUGCCCUCAUUUACAUCUUUGCACUACCCUGCCUGGUGUACAUCCUCAGCCUGAUGCGUGUGCCGGCCGGGAUGACAAACCGGACUGACAAAAGCGAUGCUGAGCCCGCCUGUAACCCCAGUCCCCAGAAAGUGCGACCAAAACUGGGAUUGAGGCAUCUUACGCCGUUUAAGUGGGCCAUUGUUGCCUUCCACAUCUUCCUCAUCCUCCUCGGCACGGCCAAUUUUGUGGCCCAGUUUGUCCUGAGUUUUGCCUGA